CGUCUUCCACUUUAAACAAAUAAAUUAAGGGGAAAAAAAAUCUCCAAUCUCCAGAAACUCUCAGCGGAGGAGAAAUCACAAAUGGCGUCAUCGUCGCAAAAAGGAAUAGUGAUAACAAUUCCAGUUCUAGUUCUCUCUGUCUCUGCCGCCGCUAUCUUCUUAUUUUUCCUCUUAUCUUCCCUCUCUUCUUCUCCUUGCACUUGCCCUCCCUCGAUCCCCGAUUCCACCUUUACCACCACCGCCGCCGUCGUAACCGGUGGUACAGUGGUGGCGGAAGUUGUGGAUCGGAGAAUCUCAGUGAGCAGAGAUGAUAUAGAGUGGGUGAAAGAUCAGAUCCGAGCUAAUGGGUUACAUAUGCAAGAUAAUGUGCUUCGUAAAGGGAUCAAUCCUCGCACUCGGGCUCAGCAAUUGGAAGAUCUCAACAACUUUAAGGGCAUUUCACACUAUGAAGGAUCUGAGGCUAACAACCACACUGCUCUUCCAUGCCCGGGUGAGCUUCUUGUUGAGGAGCACCAUAGUAAUUAUGGGGAGCCAUGGGCUGGAGGUCGGGAUGUCUUCGAGUUCCUUGCUGAAUCUAGCCUUCUAACGGCUAAUUCCCAUGUACUUGAGAUCGGCUGUGGAACACUUCGUGUGGGAUUGCAUUUUAUCCGGUAUCUUAAACCGGAGCAUUUCCAUUGUCUUGAAAGGGACGAGCUUUCCUUAAUGGCUGCAUUUAGGUAUGAGCUUCCUUCACAAGGGCUUUUACAUAAGCGACCUUUAAUUGUUCGUGGGGAGGAUAUGGAUUUCGCAAAGUUUGGAUCCGAUGUUAUGUAUGAUUUGAUAUAUGCUAGUGCUGUUUUUCUUCAUAUGCCGGAUAAGCUUGUGUGGGUUGGACUUGAGAGGUUAGUGAGUAGGUUGAAGCCUUACGAUGGGCGCAUAUUUGUUUCGCAUAACAUAAAAUUUUGUUCGCGAUUGGGAGGGGAUGAAUGCUCAAAAAGGCUUGGGAGUUUAGGGAUUGAGUAUCUUGGGAAGCAUACACAUGACAGUUUACUCUUUAAUCACUAUGAGAUUUGGUUUGAGUUUAGGCGGUCUAAAGCUUAGAUGGUCCGAUAUUAUUUCUGGGAUUUGUUAUUUGUAAUUCAAGAAGCCAGAAGUGAAGAUACAGAUGAUGCAUACGGGCUCAUUGAUCAAUUCCACGAUUCUCUUGGAAGGUUAAGGCUGUUGUACCAUUGAUCAAUGGAUAUGAAAGUGAAGGGGGCUUUAAUCACUAAGAGAUUUUUGUUUGAAUAGAUGAUCUGUUUGUGCAGUAACAUUAAUGUAGUUAUUCAAGCUGAAUAGAACAGUUCGAAAACUAAAGCUUUCUUGCACUUUAAUGGCUGUCAAUUGAUGUAGUAGGUUAGCUAGUUGGAAUUUGAACAUUUGUUGCUAAGCAAUUUGCUGUGUGAAUUGAUGCAUAGUUUCCUAUGGUAAACAUUAUUUGAACAA